AUGGAACAAACUCAACAAUUAUUAGAAGAAAUUGUUCUACCCGAUGAAAUUCAACGUUAUCGAACUGUAUUUGAAAAAGCUAAAGAAGCAAAUCAAGUGACAGAGCAAAAUAAAUUUUCAUUUGCUUAUUGUCUUGUACGAAGUAAAGUUAAAGCUGAUAUACGUUAUGGUUUACACUUAUUAAAAGAACUUUAUGAUUCAACAAGAAACGAUGAUGCUAAAAGAGAUUAUUUAUUUUAUUUAGCACUUGGUAAUGCACGAUUAAAUGAAUAUGAAACAGCAUUAAAAUUUCUUGAUGCUAUUCUUCAUGUUCAACCCGGUAAUCAUCAAGCAAAAAAUCUUAAAGAUGAAAUUACACGACGUAUGACUCGUGAAGGAUAUAUUGGUGUUGGUAUUGCUGUUGGUGCAGGAGCACUUCUUGUUGGAGGUCUUACUGCUGCUGCUAUUGCUCUACUUAAGAAAUAA